AUGCAUAGAGAAGAGUAUGAACCAAUGUAUAAGAAAAAGCAUGAACCAAUGCAUGAGGAAGAUCAUGAACCAAUAUAUGAGAAAGAGUAUGAACCAGAGUUACAAUUAGAUGAAUCUGAAGUUAGUGAAUUAUCACAAAAAUACUUCAAAAAAAAAGAAAACCAUGCAAUUUGUGGGAUUUGUAAUCGGAAGUUAGCAUACCAGCAUGAAACGACAUCAAAUCUUAAAAGGCACCUUAAUUCUCACAAGACCAAAGUAUCUGAAUUAAAGAAAUUAAAUAUAAAAGAAGGCAUCUUAGUUGUGGAUAUGUUAAAUAAUAAGUCAGGUUUCUUUAUGGCAGUUACUAUUCAUUAUAUAAAUGAUUUAUGGAAAUUAAACCAUAUUUUACUUGAUUUUAUUCAUAUGAGUAGGCCAUAUACAGAAAUCACAAUGUCAGAUGCAAUGCAUGAAUGUCUUACAACAAUGGGUAUUAUUACAAAACUAGUGGCUAUUACACAUGAUAAUGCAUCAUCUAAUAAUAAGUUUUUAGAAAAAUUAUCAAAUUCAUUAUCACAAUUUGGCUUUCAAUUUGAUAGUAUUAGAGAAUCGUCUAACUAUUGUGAAAAAUUAAAGAUCAUAUAUCAAAUACAUAAAAUAAGUCCAUUAAAGCCAAUUCUUGACAUUGCUACCAGAUGCAACUCUACAUUUGAUAUGUGUGAAAGAGCAAUUGUAUUACAAAUGGUACUAGAUUCUAUGGCAUUAACAGAAGUAGACUUACAACAAUAUAUUCUUAAUGAUAAUGAUUGGAAAAAAAUUAAACUUUUUAUUAAAGUUUUGCAACUAUUUAAAGAGACAACAGUUAUUAUGUUAUCUUCUAAUUAUCCAACAUUAUCGAUGUCAGUUCCUUUAUAUCAUAUGUUACUUAAAAUGCUUAAAGAAACCUAG